GCCGAGGAGCGUGCCGCGCACUUGUACCUCUGGGAGCCCGAGCCGCGUUGCAAGAGAAAUUACUGGGCACCUUCCAUCUCUGAUCUACAAUGAGUGCCAAAUCUGCAAUCAGCAAAGAAAUUUUUGCACCCCUUGAUGAGCGAAUGCUGGGAGCUGUCCAAGUCAAGCGGAGGACAAAGAAAAAGAUUCCUUUCCUAGCAACUGGGGGUCAGGGUGAAUAUCUAACCUACAUCUGCCUAUCAGUGACAAACAAAAAGCCCACACAAGCAUCUAUCACAAAGGUCAAACAAUUUGAAGGCUCUACAUCUUUUGUACGACGGUCUCAAUGGAUGCUUGACCAGCUCCGCCAGGUUAAUGGUAUCGAUCCUAACCGGGAUUCUGCAGAAUUUGAUUUGCUAUUUGAAAAUGCUUUUGACCAAUGGGUGGCCAGCACAGCUUCAGAAAAAUGCACCUUUUUUCAGAUUCUCCAUCAUACUUGUCAGCGGUACCUAACAGACAAGAAGCCAGAAUUUAUUAAUUGUCAGUCCAAGAUUAUGGGAGGAAACAGCAUACUUCAUUCAGCAGCAGACAGUGUAACAAGCGCAGUACAGAAGGCCAGCCAGGCCUUGAAUGAACGUGGGGAAAGGUUAGGUCGAGCAGAAGAAAAGACAGAAGAUAUGAAGAACAGUGCCCAGCAGUUUGCUGAAACUGCCCACAAGCUUGCCAUGAAGCAUAAGUGCUGAAGUACUCACUGCCUAUCCUGAUGACCCUCCCAAGAGAAAUGGAAAAGAUUGGUUCAGCAGUUUUUACAAGAAUUCCAAAAUUCCACCUGCUUCUUGUUACCAAUUCAUUGGAAAUUGGUUUGUGUUCUUUUCAGACAUUAGUACUGGGGAGAGGAUAAAGUUAUUGUGUUUUUACAUUUCUGUAGUGACCUUCUUAAGAAAUGCUGCACUAUAUUCAAUUGGGGGGGGGAGGAUUUUUUUCGGUCUUUUUUCUCCAAAAUGUCUUAGAUGUUUUAUUUGGUUUAUAAGUAAGAAAAUAAGAAAAUUGGACCAAAUAACUUGAACAGGGUGAAAACUGGCAAAAUCUGUUUUUUUCCUUGAUACGAAACAGGAAGGCAUUUUAAUUUGGCUACAUCUAAUGUUAUUGUUUCUGUAAGAAAAUAAAAUUCAA